UUCAAGAUGGUGGCCUCCUGAUACGGCAUGUGUAUCAACAAUUUCACAGCCAUUGAUAACGUAUCUUGUAUUUUAAAUCACGGGAUAUACAUAAUUUCUGUAUUUGGUGGUCUGAUAAUACAUCAAAAUGAAGCUCAAAGGCAAGCCCCCGUCUCAUAAAUCAGAAAACACUUACCGCUUUGUCACGUUUUCUGAGAGGCUCGCAAAAGUAAACAUUGAUGUCAUUCAUCGCAUUGACAGGACUGGAAGUUAUGCAGAGGAGGUAGAAACCUAUUUUUAUGAAGCACUAUUAAAAUGGAAAGACUUGAAUUUGACAGAACACUUCAAGAAGUUUUUUCAAGAGGUGUCAAGCAAGAGUCAGUCAUUCAACAUGCUGGUGUUUCACCAAAACGCUAUGGUGGAGAGUUUGAAGACCCACCUGUCAGUGAAGAACAGCAUGGCUUUCCAGCCUCUUCUAGAUCUUGUAUUUCAGCUGGCUCGUGAUCUCCAGAUGGACUUUUACCCUUACUUCUGCGACUUCUUCGUCAUCAUCACGUCUAUACUGGAAACACAAGACACUGAGGUGUUGGAAUGGACCUUCACAUGUCUGUCAUACCUGUACAAAUACCUGUGGAGGAUGAUGGUGAAGGAUAUGGACACGAUAUACAGUCUUUACAGUAAACUUCUGGCGCACAAAAAGGAACACAUCCGCAACUUUGCUGCUGAGAGCUUCUCUUUUUUGAUGAGAAAGGUGUCCGAUUAUGAUGCUCUCUUCACACUCAUGUUCUCCGACCUGUCUGAGAGUCCUCAGAAGGCUAGAGGAGCAGGUCAGCUGAUCUUUGAGAUGUGUCAAGGAGUCUGUAACAUGUUCCAAUCCUGUGCCACUAAGGCUCUUCCAGUGGUGUUGCAGAAACUUGGCCCUGCAGCCGGUCAGGACGUUGAUUUGCCUUGGGAUUCAGUAAAAGAAGCUCUGGAUCACAUGGCUGAGUCUUCAGCCAACUAUGUUGACAAAGAGUACCUGCUGGUCCUGUGGGACUCCUUACAAGUCUCUCUGAAAGAAGUUCUUGGAAAGUUAGACACAAGCAAUGCUGUUCAAGCUAAUGAGCACCUGGAGAGGAUUCUGUACAUCUGCCACACACUUGUAGAGCAUCGCAAAGGAGCAAAGAUAACAAAACCCCAGUCUGUUUGUGAGACACUUCUUCAGCUAGUUCAGGCACCAGGACUGUCCUACUCCUGCCACAGGCUGCUUUUACAAGUAGUCUCUGCUCUAUUGAUGGGGGAGAAUCUGUCAUUACCUGCCAGCAGCAUCCAUGAACUAUUGAAAAAGGUCUUCAAUAGCAGCAUGGACAGAGACCUCAUGUUAUCAUUUACCAAAGAGAUGUUUGACAUGAAACAGUUUGAGCAAUUGUUCUUACCCAGUUUACUGCAGUAUCUGGAGCAGCUCUUCUGCAUGGAAGACUCUGUAAACCGACAGCUGGCUCUGGAGCUGCUGGUUGGUCUGAUUUUGUCUAAAGCUCCACCCCCCACUGACGGCUCCAUGGCUUUUGAGAAGUACCCAUUGAUCUUCACUGGACAGACUGUCAGGUCAACUGGACCUGAAAGAGACCAGACAGUCUCUGUUCCCCAGCAGAUUCUUUCUGUCAUAGACUUCCCUGCCGAUCAGCCGCUUUCUGAUCUUUCCCAUCCCUGGGCUGCGCUGGUGCUGCUCCCACAUGUCAGACCGUUAGAAGCAUCAAGCGUUAUACCGGCCAUCACUGCACUACUGAACAGAUUACUGCAAGAGGUGUGCAGUAAAAUUCUGGGGAGAGGUCAGUCAAGAGGGCUAUUUGUAGCCCGACAGGCUCUAAGCACCUUGCUCAGCUUCAAGGAGACUGCAGCGGUACAGUCGCUCCUGCCUGCCGAGUUGGUCAGAAACAUCAUCGAGAAAUUCCCCACGGAUCUUUCAGCGCUGCUGUUAGGAGAUCUGUACUACACCAGACUGGCACUCAACGGCUGCUCGGCUCAGCUGUCCCAUGAUUCUCUGCUGGAAUUGUACCAGAUACUAUAUUCCAAUUUUUCUUCCAACAUUUCCAAGAUUCGUUUGCUGACCCUCAGAAUUAUGUCUAACUUUGAGGCUGAUCUUCCGAAACCAGCUGAGGGAGAGGAGAGCUCAAAUGCGCAGACGGUGUUCGCCGUGUGCCUGCAGGCAGAGCAGGUCCCGGCCACAGUGCAGGACUACAGGGAGAAACUUCUACAUCUUCGUAAACUCCGUCAUGACCUAGCGCAGCCCUGUCUGCCCAAGGGACCUUUCCAUGAGGUUCCUCUUCGUUAUCUUAUUGCAAUGCUGUUUGUCAAUUUCCGACCUCUCUGGGACGCAGUUAUUGAUAUGUUGGUGACCCACGCUAAAGAAAUGGACAACAAGUCUUUCUGGAAGGUCUAUUAUGAAAAUCUGGAGAUGGUUGCUGGUCUAGCUGAGGAAGAGCUUCAGGCAGAUGAUGAGGAUGGAGGCAGUGAACAAUAUCAAGCUGCAAAGCAGCUUCGAGUUCCAGGGACCAGUGUGAUUGAAAGCGGGGAUGUGGGAGUUUUGUUUCUGGAACAGCUGGACCAUGUGCUGAAUCCCUCUGAGCGGACGGACUUCACAAACUUCUGCAGCCUGCUUUGGCGAGCAAUGGCCGCUGAGAUACCGGAAUGUACCAAUUGCCUCAGGAAAGACAAUCUGGAGAGACUUCUGGAUGACAAGCACUUUAAAGAUGAGAUUGUCCAUUUCAACAUCUCAGAAGAAGGAGCCGUGGUACUUCCGUCGCAUAGACCCCAGCUCAUUCCCAUGCUUAUGAGGAUACUAUAUGGGCGGAUGUGCCCUAGGGUUGGUAAUAGGUUUCAGGGUAAGGCGAACACAGCUUCACGUUCCUCCAUAGUGCUGCGCUUCCUGGCAGGCUGUCAGCCAGAGGAGUUGGGCAUGUUUAUAGAUCUUCUGCUGGAGCCUGUUUGUCAUCAUGCUGAAGGAGCGUGUCUGGCUGCGGUAGAACGAGCUGUAGCCAAGACGAACAGCUUUUUUUAUCUCAAACCCGGUUGCAUCAAUCCUCUGAAGAACUUACGCCGUCUGGGGAUUCUGCGCAUACAAGACUUCUUUGAUGACUUUGAGUCUUACAGCUUCACUGCAGAUGAGCUGGACGCAGUGUUUCAAGCUGUAGUGUGGCCUAAGCCAAGACGAACAGCUUUUUUUAUGCUCAUCCAUAAAAUGGGCCAUCUCAUCCACAUCUACCUGCCCAAAGUUCUGCAGAUCCUGCUGUGCAUCACGGCCUCAGUGUCAUUUAUACUGGAUCACAGAGAACAGCUCAAACCCGGUUGCAUCAAUCCUCUGAAGAACUUACGCCGUCUGGGGAUUCUGCGCAUACAAGACUUCUUUGAUGACUUUGAGUCUUACAGCUUCACUGCAGAUGAGCUGGACGCAGUGUUUCAAGCUGUAGUGUGGCCUAAGGUGUGUCUUUUGUCCACUGAAAGCCCGUAUUCACCACCGCCCCUCCUGAAAGUCAUCCGUGUGUGGAGCCAAAAUCCUAGGUAUUUUCCUUUGCUUGCUAAGCAGAGACCGGGCCACCCUGAUUGUGACGUCCUGCUCAAUGUAUUUGCUCUGUUAUCCUCCAAAAACGUGUCUGCCAUCACGACGGCCAUGGUAAUGGAUAUAGCCGAGAGCUUGCUGACCACUCCUGACUAUGAACCCAAGGAGAAUGAAUCAGAUCUGAUUGUGAACGACUGUGUGAUCCCCGAACCCGAUCAGAGCUGUAACGUGUCAGAUUCUUUGACUAUCGGCUGCCAUCUGCUCCUUCCUCACAUCCCAGCACUGCUGCAGUACCUCAGCGGAGUCGUGCGUAACUCUGAACGCCUCAAGAAGAAGAAAUUCAGAGCUCAAGUCAGCAAAGAGCUCAACAUCCUCUCAAAGAUCAGUAGAUUUGUGACUGAAAAAGAACAGAGUUCAACACUCAUCGGUUUACUUCUGCCUUACCUUCACAAACCCAAAACUGCUCAGGAAACAGAGCUGGAUAUCCUGGGUACUUUGAAGAACCUGCUGAGACAGUGUUCAGAGCCCAGCAUGUUUCUCAAGCCUCUCAGCAAGCUUUUGUCCAUCAUCCACAACAGACUUUCACGUCAGGCUCUGUGUGAAGCGUUUCUGACGCUGUCAGACAUGGACGGUGAACUGAAGUACAUCACAGAUGUUGUGAUUCAGCUCAACGCAUUUGAUAGCCGCCAUCUGGAUGAGAUUCACUUUGACAUGCGGCUCGUGGCGUUCCAGAAGGUCACCAAGCACGUUAAAGAGAUGAGCUCUCUGGAUAUGAGAUACCUGACUGCUAUUAUGCACAACUGUUUCCACUCCUUAGAGAUCGGUGACAUGUCUCUGGCAGACAGCGCCACCAUGUGUUUGUCAGCCGUAAUAACGCAGCUCUCUGAAGUCGGAUGCCCAGAGGCAGAAUACAAGGAGAUUGUGCAGUACACCAUACUGGAUGCAAUACGAAAGGGUUUGAAGAGCAAGACUGAGAGUGUACGAAAUGAUUACACUACAGUGCUGGCCUGUCUGGUGAAUACCUUCCCAAACCGAUCAGAGUUUCAUGAUCUGGUGCAGCUGACAGACUAUAAUGAUCCAGAAUCAGAUUUCUUUGAGCAUAUGAAGCACAUACAGGUUUACAGAAGGGGUCGAGCGCUCAGGAAGUUCGCCAGGCAGCUGACCGAGGGCAAGAUUGUGAUGUCAUCGCGCUCCAUGCAGAAUUACGUCAUGCCCUACGCCAUGAUCGCUCUAGUUGACGAAAAACUGCUGAAGUAUGAACCCAUGACAACAGCCGCCGUAGAAGUUAUUGGUGCCGUGUGCAGACGCUUGACCUGGUCCAAGUACUUGUUCUACCUCAAACACUUCGUCCAUGUUUUACAAACCGGAAUAGCUGAGCAGAAACUGGCUGUCAGCUUGUUGCUGACCGUUCUUGAUGCGUUCCACUUUGACCAUGAGACUCUCAGUAAAGAAAUCGAGGCGGCUAAGAACAAGAAGACAGAUGAGCCCAGUGUUGUGGUGGAAGAAGCUGAAGACGAGGCAGCGGAAACCAUGGACACGGAUGAGAGUGAUGCUGAAGAUGCCAUGGAAACCGAUGAAGCUGGAGCAGCUGUUUCCACAGCAACGGAUGCUGAGACGGAAGGCCCUGCCAAACCAAAAGAAAGCAAAGAGAGUCAGAUGAAGAAAGUUUCCCCUGUCGUCAGCAGUGGUCUUCCACAGAGUGAACGGGAUCUAGAGGCGCUCAUUUCCAGCAUUCAUCACACAGUCACUCAGAGCGUCCUGCCCAAACUUCACAAGUGCCUCACUGCGAAGGUUAAACGAGAUGACGAGCACAAGAUGGUGAAGUCUAAGGAGGUGAAAGAUGAAGAAGUGGUCAGAGUGCCUAUUGCAUUUGCCAUGGUUCAGCUCAUGAAGUCUCUGCCAAAGGAGGUCAUGGAAGCCAACUUGCCUGGCAUCUUCCUGAAAGUGUGUGUCCACCUGAGGAGCCGUUUCCAGGAGAUCCGUGAUGUUGCUCGAAACACUUUGGUGAAGAUCAUAGAGACGCUUGGGCAUCAAUAUCUUCAUUAUCUGCUCAGCGAGAUGCAGGCAGUCUUAGUGAAGGGGUAUCAGGUCCAUGUUUUGACUUUCACCGUGUACCAUUUGCUCUCUGUUCUAAAACCAUCCUUGACUGGAGGGGAUCUCGACCCAUGCAUGGACAUGCUCAUCGCGAUCUUUAACAACGAGUUAUUUGGAGCUGUAGCUGAGGAGAAGGACAUCAAAGGAAUCGUUUCCAAAGUGAUGGAGGCCCGUCACAGCAAGAGCUCCGACUCGUAUGAGCUUCUCGGCCAGUUCUGCGGUCAGGAGCGCGUCAUUCACCUCAUCCUGCCACUCAAAGAGAUACUUGAGAACACAGCCAGUCUGAAGGUGUCGAGGCGAGUGCAUGCUGUGCUCAGGAGGAUUGUGGCGGGACUUUUGCUCAAUCAGAGCAUGAGCCCUCAGUCCAUCCUACUGCUCAGCCACGGACUCGUCAGUGAGAGUCUGCCGCUCAUUACCAGCAAAAACAGAGAAGCACCUCCAGAUCCUCGCCUGCCUCCGCCAAGCUGUUUACUGCUGCCAGCCACUCCUAAGAGAGGAGGAGCGAAAGCCGCCAUCAGCAGCAGAACAAACAUGCACAUCCUGGUGGAAACGGGGCUCAGUUUGCUUCACUGUUGUCUGAAGAGUUCAAAGAUCAACUCGUCUGUCCCGUCAGUAAAGGAGAUGCUGGAUCCUUUCGUAUCUCUCCUCCUGGACUGUCUUAACUCCAUGCAUGUGAAGGUGAUUACCGAGGCUCUGCAGGCCUUCAUCUGGAUCCUGAAGUUUCCUCUGCCGGCGGUGGAGCAGAAUUACGAUCAGCUGACCAAGCAGCUCUUUGUCCUGCUGAAGGACUACGCUAAAGCCGGAGCCGGCCGUGGAGAGAACUUCCACCUGGUUCAGAACUGCUUUAAGGCCAUUUCUGUUUUGGUGAAGAGCAUGAGAAAACCUGUAACAGAAACACAGCUGCAAGUGCUUCUGGGAUAUGCUGAGGAGGAUAUUUAUGAUCGCUUGCGGCAAGCCACCGCAUUCGGCCUCCUGAGGGCGAUUCUCUCCAGGAAGCUGGUUGUGCCGGAGAUGGAGGAUGUUAUGAAAAAAGUAGCCAAGUUUGCCAUCGACGGGUCAAACGAACAGGUCCGCAUGCGCUGCAGACAGAUCUAUCUGAAGUACCUGAUGGACUAUCCACUGGGCAAGAAACUCAGGAAACAUUUUGACUUCAUAGUUGCUCAGCUUACUUAUGAAUAUGACACUGGGAGACAGUCUGCCCUGGAGCUGAUGGCUUUCAUUUUCCAGAAAUUUCCUCAGGCUCUAUUGCAUGAGUACUGCGGUUUGUUUUUUGUGCCUUUGUCGUUGGCCAUGUUGAACGAUGAUUCUGCAACCUGUAAGAAAAUGACAGCUCUGGCAACAAGUCUGCUGAGUCAGCUGGAUUUGCAGCAUCAAAAUUCCAUGUUUAACCUGGUUAACACCUGGCUUACGGGCGAGAAGGUGGUUCUGAGGCGACUUGGAGCUCAGGUUUGUGGGCUGUUUGUGGAAUUUGAAGGGGAAAAGUUCAACCGGAGACUGGACGUCCUGAUACCUCUCAUUGAGAAAGAGAUCCAUGCUUCCAACUUUGAGGAUAUUGAGGAAGAGGAGGAUGAGAAGGCUGCAGACAGACUGCUCUUCUGUUACCUCACGCUCGUCGUCAAACUCAUCAAAGAAUGCAGCUUUUUGGAGCUCCACAAACCCGCAGACCUGCUCAACAGCAUCUGGAGUCAUAUUGAUUCCCAUCUGCGUUACCCUCAUUGCUGGAACUGGCUGACGGCGUCUCAGAUCUUUGGUUUGCUGUUUGCUGCUCGUAAACCAGAGGAGCUCUUGGCCUUAUGGAGCUCCCAGGAGAACAUGAGUAAAACCCCGCAGCCUAUGGCCCCUGCUUUUCUCAUAGACAACCUGUCUCAGAAGAUGAGAGAGCUGGUCCUGUCCUUCUGUUACCAACUGCAGUCCAAGUUCUUGGAUAUUUCCGCUGGAGAGCAGGUGGUGAAGAACUUGCUUUAUGUGGCCAAAGUGAUCUACCUCAUCUCACCAGAGUCUGAUACCACAAAUCCAGCUGAAGAACAGGAGGGUGAGGAGAAAGAAACGACGGAUAACAUGGAGGAGAACGAAGGGGAGGAAGAUAAGAAGCAGGAGCUUGAGGAGCAACAGAAUGAGAACAGGCCUCCGUCUCUCCUCUGGGUGAUGAAGAAGCUUUCAUUACUGGCCAAAAGAGAAGCAGCAGACACGCCGAAAGUGCCUUUGAAGAGAACUUGUGUUUUUAAGUUCUUGGGAGCCAUAGCUGUGGAUCUCGGAAAAGAUCGACUUGGGCCGUAUCUGACAAUCAUCGCUCCUCUCUACAGAGAGCUGGACAGCACAUAUGCAGACCAAGGUCAACCCCACACUAAGAAUCUGGCUCAGGAGUUGAUCGAGUUGUUGAAGAAGCUGGUGGGUCUGGAGCGAUUCUCUCUGGCUUUUGCCGCAGUGCAGAAAGAAGCCGCUCAGAGACGAGCUUCACGCAAGAAAGCCAAAGCCAUACAGGCUGUUGUAAAUCCUGACAUUGCUGCCAGAAAGAAGGUAAAGAAGCAGUUAAAGAAAAACGAGGCCAAAAAGCAGAAAAUCGCAUUUGUGCGUACAGGACAUAAAGCAAAGAAACAUAAAAGCACGUCACUGAAAGACUUGGCUAUAAUCAGCUGAUUCAUUUUGCUGCUGUUUGCUAAAUAAUACAUCGCCACAUGUGCACAUGGCAGUUGAGAGGGUCUGUGUCAGUAUAUGGAUUUUUGCAACUUGUGCAAUGUUUUUAAAUUUAAAAAAAAAAG